AUGUAUCGUGGCAUUCUAGUUUUCUUAACCAUUUAUCUGACUACUUCUGAAGCUGUUACCAACAGUACAAAUUGUGGUUAUUUUCAAGCCGACUUUGAUUUGAUAUCUGCCUUAGGGACUUGGCAUGUUGUAGCUAUUAUACCAGAGAAGUUAUUUCCGGAUAAAGAUGUCACUUGUUAUAAAAUGGAAAUCAGCGAAACUGAUGAGGCCGGUCUUCGAUGGUUGAUAAAUAGAACCACACAUGGACCUCAAAAUAAGUCCAUAAUAGCAGAUGUGAAAGGUACGAUAGUGAGGCAGAGGUACCAUACGGAACAUGCCUUUGAUGUUUGGUCUAAAUCUACGGCUGGAAUCCAAGGAUGCUUUCAACAAGUCCUAUCCUUGGAUUUAGAUAAAAACCGAAUCCAUAAAACCUUAGCUCAUGAUGCUAUGAUGCAGUUACACAUAGUGGACUCCAAAGAUGGUUCUAGUCCGUUUUUGAUGCAAAUGCUCUGGGGAAAACUGAUAUCUGUUGUCGUCUAUCGAAGGAAUCAGGGAAUUACCGAAGAGCAGUUGAAACCAAUCUUCGAAUUGGCGACCAAAAUCCGAGGACCCCAACGAUUGCCGAAAAUCUGCGAUAAUCCCUUGAAAGAUAUUUUGCUCCAAUAGUAUUAAUAGCAUUUUACUUUAUUAUUUCCGGAUUUUUUAACAUCACUAAAUCAACUCGUCAGUAGUCGAUUAGAUGAAUAAGCAGUUGAAAAUAAUAAAGCUUAUUAGCCGACGGUUUUUUUUGAUUAAUUACG